CUCACGAGUACAACAGGUUAGUAUAUACCACCAUAUCAUACGAAAUAAUUGUAUUUUACUUAAGUGUAAUUAAAAAUAUUAAAAAGGAACAAUGAUUGCCAACAUUUGUGCAUUUUUAUUAUGUUGUUUUGCUAUAACAUCAAUUAUAAAAACAAUCGAAUCAGCAGGCAACCAGAUAACUCCUAUACGAUUUGUCGCCCAAGUAUCUAAUGAACACUAUGGACGUACCGUAAACAAAUUGAAAACAUUUAAAAAACAUCCAAUUGACAUUACAUCCACAGACUUGAGAUUUCUGUCAACAAGGGUUUGUGGCACUUAUAAAGAUUACCAAUCAAAAUUGAAAAGCCGGGAUAAAUUAGAGAAAAAAGCUCAAGACAUCAAAUGUAGCUUUUGUGUAUUUGCAAAAUCAAACGUAUUGUACUUGAAAAGCUUAGUUCGGAAGAUGAAGGGAGGUGAGCUUUCCGUUGAAGACGAGACGACUGUAAAACGUCUUGAAGAGGAAGCCAAAAUUAUACUUAGGUUAUUAAUGUUGUCAGAUUUGGUGACGGGCAAAUGGCUUUGGAUUUAUUUGUUGAAAAUCGUCGCCAUCAGUCAUUGCGAAAACGACAACGAGCCUUUCAUCGAUGGAGACCCGUUCGAAGACGGCCAACUGCAAACCGGCGUUUCAGAAUUCAUCAAAUAUUGCAAAGCUAAAGAAUACCUUCCUCUGGCCAAAACGGAAGCGGAUUUGAUUUGGCAAAACCCGAAUAUAUCCAAAAACAUGUUUCACGUUCUACGCGAAUCCGGAAACAUUUCGGAUGUUUUAGAUGGCCGUGUUUUAGUGUCGAUAGAAUUUUUAUAUCUAAAACCAUUUUGGGACGACGACCAAUUAUUGUUCAAACAAAUAACACUGGUCGAUGUCGAUUGGAGUAAGGCGAAACAACGACACCAAGACGAGGUGGCUAUUACCAGAGAAUUUUUGGAAAAACGCACUUGGAUAAACAAACCGUACGAUCGCCUCGACCACCAGCACUUGUUGGUCAAAAUUCUCGAUGCCAGAUUUUAUUGUUACCUUUCGGUUGUACUGUAUAUUUUUGAACAACAAUUAACCAUACUCGACCGGCCGACGUUGAAACGCAUCAAAGAUGUUGUAUACAACUUCAUCCAAGACCUGUUGAGUUUGACGGCGUUCAAAGAUGAAUUUCUCGUGCUUAGUAUAUCAGAAUUGCAGUUUGCAAAGGUCAUCGACAUCGGAGAUAUACAACAAAUUUUAGCAAGAGUGACGGCCAAGGCCAAUGAGCUGCUGAACGAUUUAAACGGCACUCAGGCAAAUGAAAUCCAUUGGCUCAUUUUCAACGUUACCGAAGCCCAACUGUCUGCCUACGAUUUCAUAAUAGGAGUCGUUCAGAAUUUCAGAGACUAUUUUAAAGAAUUAACUGACUUCUGCUUGCCGUUCGAAUAUAAAGUGAUUUUGCAUUUUAUGGAUGUAGUUAAGAUUUCGACUGCUCGAUACGUUUAAUUUCCACUUGAUAACCCAGUGUACAUAAAUCAAGUUAGAGCAUACCAAAUAGAAUUGCAAUACUUAAUGACAAGCGUCGUCGAAUAAAUUUAGAAAGUUAAAUUACUUACUUAUAAUAUUUAAACGAUUUAGCAUAAUUACAACUAUGCUGUUACUGUAUAAUGUUUUCGAAAGCAAUAAGCAUAAUUAGGUUUGUAUUAACUAUGUGUUGUACAUGAAAUAUUUCAUUUUAUUAUAUAUAUUUAUAGUAUAUUUAAAAUAAUAAAAACAAUA